AUGAAGUCCCGCGAAAGUUUGGACUACUUGAUGCAUUUAAAGAAGUUCUUCAACCGUCUGCAUCAUUACAACUUGAAGCUAAAUCCUACUAAAUGUGCUUUUGGGGUGCCGUCCAUAAAGUUGUUGGGAUUUAUAGUCAGCAAAAGGGGUAUUGAGCUCGAACCUUCCAAGAUUAAGGCAAUUGAAGAGUUACCUCCUACGAAUACGAAGAAGGAAGUGAUGAGUUUCUUAGGGAGGUUGAACUAUAUCAGUCGGUUCAUAGCUCAAUCCACUGUGGUAUGUGAUCCUAUCUUCAAGCUGUUGAAGAAAGACGCUUUGACAAAGUGGAUUGAAGAAUGUCAGACUACUUUUGUUGCUAUCAAGAACUACUUGUCCAAUCCAACGGUGUUGGUGCCUCUGCGAGAAGGAUUCCCGCUGUUGCUAUAUUUUUCCAUCUCAGAUAAUGCAUUUGGAUGCGUACUUGGUCAAAAUGACGAAAUAGGAAAGAAGGAAUGA